UGUGAUGUGAUGGAUGGAGACACCACCGUGGCUUUUCUUUUCUUUGUCCCUUUCUUCUUCCUCCUCCGCCCGCCCGCCGCUCUUUCUUCUUCCCCUGCUCCUGCCUAUAAAUCCCGCCUGCGGAGGCCUCCAUCCUUUCCAAUCUCUCCCAACCCCAUUCCAUUCCUUCAUUCACCCUCCCCUCCACAACCUACUCAUCUCAUACAUAGAGAAGAGGCAGAGAGAUAUAGAGUGGGGAAGAAAGUGAGCAGCUAGGUCCAGGUCCAGGUCCAGCCACCCUCCCCUCCCCGCCGGCCUACACAGACAACAACCCACCCAUCCACAGAUCCAUCCGUCCUUCCUUUCUUCCUACACAAACAAGAUGUUCGCCGACGCCGGCUUCAGCUUCUCCGCCUACUCUUCUUCGCCGCCGGGGCCGGCCUACUCCUACUCCUACUCAUACUCUUCUUCCCCCACAGUCUUGUCCCACCCACACCCCGACCACUCCUCCUUCUCCUCUCCACCAUCCUCCGCUGCUCCGGCGCAACCGCCGCCGCCACCUCUGCCUCUCCCUCUCCCUCUCCUGCACCAACAACAUCAACAUCAGCAUCAGCAUCAAGCCGCCGCCGCUGUUGCUACUGCAUCCAACGACGACGACGACGACGCCAUGUACCACCACCUCGGAGACAUGGGGCAGCCAUCCCUGAUAUCAGAGUAUGACCUGGGAGCAGAAGGCGACCUGUUCAAGGCUCCGGAGCCCAUAAUCGAGGAGCCGCUGCUGGCCCUCGACCCGGUCGCCGCCGCCAUCUCGAUGAUGUCCGGCGGGGACAACGCCAUGGACGACAGCAUCAAGGUCUCCGACAUGGGGCUGAGCGAGGUGCUGUACGAGUGCGAGAAGGAGCUCAUGGAGAAGUCGGCCAUCGAGGAGACCAUUUCCGAGCUGCUGGACGUCAAGAUCCCCAUGCUGCAGGUCGAGGACGUCCCCGGGGAGCUCAGGGCCUCCUCAUCAUCGACAGUUGCCGCCGGCACCGGCGAGUGCUCGCUCCAGAAGAGCGUCAGCUCCGGGUGCCUCAGCUCGGGCGACUGGAUGAACGGGUCGGCGGUGAGGCCCAACUUCCUCGACUUCCAAGGGCUCGACUUCGAGGCCGCCUUCGGGCUCCGGCGAGCCUACAGCGAGGGUGACAUUCAGCUUGGUGCCAAUACCCCUCGGCCUGGGAUCGCGGCAAAUGUGCAGGCAUCUGGUGAGAGGCUUGUGACCAUCAGCGACCUGAAAAGCGAGGAGAGGAAGCAGAAGCUCAACAGGUACAGGAAGAAGAAGAUUCAGAGGAACUUUGGCAGAAAGAUCAAGUAUGCUUGCAGGAAGGCUCUGGCUGACAGCCAGCCGAGGGUGCGAGGGAGGUUCGCCAAGAUGGACGACGGCGACAUGCUCAAGCCCAGGAAGUAGACGGGGCCAUGCAUGGAGGCCGCCGCGAAGCCGAUGAGGAGGGAAGACAAAGGUUGUUGCAAGGAGGGAAUUAAGCUGCUGCCAGUGGCUUUGUUGGCGUCUAGAAGCUUCUAGGGUCAUGGCUGCCGUGCCGCGCUGCGCCGCCCGUCGGAAUUCAUUUCAGUCGCUCCAUCAAAUCUGUUCCGUUCCUUCGGGUGACAUUUUCAUUCUAUCUUUUCUGCGUUCGUUUGUACUAGUAGUAGUGAUAAUAAUAUGAUGGCCCUCCUCCCUGUGGUGUGGUGCAAGAGAGUGGAGAGCCAGGCUCCUCUUCUGUGUACAAAGGCUUGAACUUGAAGUUGGUGCUAAAUAAAUAAAACCCAGGCCCCUCUCUUGUCUCUUGCUUGCCUGCCGCCAUGUAAUAAUGUUGUUGUUGCUAUGAAUAAUCCUAGUAGUAGUACUCUUGUGACGA